UAUAGUCUAUCACUCAUUUUUUUUACUGCCCAAAAAAAGGAAAGCACCUGAAUUAUUAUGACUAUAAAAUAAAGGUUCCCAAACCCCUCUUUCAUGCUCACAACAAAAUCAAUAAUACUUGCAUAUUUUUCUACCCAAACACUCUAACUAUGGCAAAACAAAUCUACAAACAAGUAUUAUCCUCCUUGAUCUUCUUGUCUGUUUUACUUUACCAAUCCAACACCGUCUCAUCUUUUCGAAAAUCACUCGACCUAGCGAAACCAUGCAAGCGUUUCGUCUUCCACCUCCACAACGUUGCCUACGAUGGUGAUAACACUGUUAAUGCCACAUCAGCAGCAAUUGUCAACCCUAUCGGACUAGGAGACUUCAAUUUCGGGAAGUUUAUAAUUAUGGACAACCCUGUGACAAUGGACGAGAACUAUCUCUCCAAACCGGUGGCUCGUGUUCAAGGCUUCUUCUUCUACCACGGUAAGUCGAAAUACGACACUUGGCUCUCUUGGUCAGUAGUAUUCAAUUCAACACAACAGAAAGGGACAUUGAACAUAAUGGGUGAAAAUCCGUUUAUGGAGCCGACCAGAGACCUACCGGUCGUUGGUGGGACUGGCGACUUCAUCAUGACUCGUGGGAUCGCUACGUUCACGACCGAUCUCGUCGAAGGCAAUAAGUAUUUCCGUAUCAAAAUGGAUAUUAAACUUUAUGAAUGCUACUAUUAAAGAGACUAGUAAUACAUGUCUUGGGUUUGAUGUUUCUAAGUUGAUUUUUGUGUUUUGGCAUUUUAUUGCUUUUCUAUGUUUGUAGUUGAUGUUCCAAAGUCCAAUAAAUUGAAUAUUUUGAUAAAA